UGCCCGGGCUUGUUCCGCAGGACAAACCGGGGCAAGCGCACGGUGCCUGCCCGGCCGUGGCGCAGCACCCGCCGCGACCCCCUCCGGGGCCAGGGGGGUCCCCGGCAGCCCUGCCGGCCGGGCUCGGGCGGGUCCGGCGGUGCCAGCUCCUGGUUUGCAGCCAGGUUCCGCCCUGCGGGGCCGCCCCCCGGCCCGCCCGUCCCCGCCCCGCCGGCGUGGCUCCGCGGCCGCGCAUUGUGCGCCAGCCGCUGCCCGGGCGGAGCUCUGGGAGGGGUCGUGGCCACCCAGCAGCCCCGACCCCGCCGGGCCGGGCCUCGCCGCAGCUCUGCCCUCGGGGGCGCCGUCCGGGCUCGGGCGCGGUCCCUGGGAAUGCUGGAGCUCGGGCUCGCAGGUUUUGCUCCCUGCGUGAGUGUUCAGUGUUUGUGCGGACACUGCUCUUCUUCUCUUCCAGUCUGCAGUAGCGAUCUCAGAGGUGACUUUUUUGCAAGGGCCUGACUUUUUUCAACCAGUUUGUAUUGCCUGUCAAGAAUUUUCAUGUUGAUUCUUGGAAACCUGCUGGAGAGUCUUCCCUGUUUACUAUUCAGUCCUGUUUUCUUCUUCCUUUAGCAGGUUGAAGUUCAUGAGUUCGCCCAGCCUCAGUGAUCUGGGCAAGAGAGAGCAGGCAGCCUUGGAUGAGCGGGGGACCCAGCAGCGCCGGGCCUGCUCCAACGCUACCUGGAACAGUAUCCACAAUGGAGUGAUAGCAGUAUUCCAGCGUAAGGGUCUCCCAGACCAUGAGCUGUACAACCUCAAUGAAGGAGUCAGGCAAUUACUGAAAACAGAACUGGGAUCAUUUUUCACUGAGUAUCUGCAGAAUCAGCUGCUCACAAAAGGCAUGGUGAUCCUAAGGGACAAGAUCUGGUUUUAUGAAGGGCAGAAGCUGCUAGACACCUUAGCUGAAACAUGGGAUUUUUUCUUCAGUGAUGUGCUGCCCAUGCUGCAGGCUAUUUUCUAUCCCGUGCAGGGAAAGGAGCCCUCGGUUCGGCAAUUGGCUCUUCUGCAUUUUAGGAAUAUAAUUACCCUCAAUAUCAAAUUGGAAGAUGCAUUAUCCCGUUCCAGAGCCAGAGUUCCACCCUCUAUUAUUCAAAUGCUGUUAAUACUUCAGGGGGUUCAUGAGUCAAAAGGUGUGUCUGAAGAUUAUUUGAAACUGGAAUCCCUGAUCCAGAAAGUUGUUUCUCCUUACUUGGGCACGUAUGGUCUGUAUUCCAGUGACGGACCCUUCACGCACUCUGCCUGUAUCUUGGAGAAGCGGUUCUUCAGGCGUUCCAAGUCGGGGGACAUCCUUGCCAAGAACCCCGUGGUGCGGUCCAAGAGCUACAACAAUCCGCUGCUGACGCCGGUGGCCGAGUAUGAAACGGAGGGCAUGGCUGCCAACGGAACCGGCAUCCGAAGGCACUCGGUCUCAGAAAUGACCUCCUGCUUGGAGCUCCAGGGGUACUCCAACCUCACCACCAUCAUGGACAACGGUUCCAAGAGCUCCGUGACAACCAUGAAAAGCUCACUGCCAGGAGACCAGGAGAGGCCCAGCACUGGGUCAGUGCAGUGCUCCAGCAAACUCAGCGCAGCUGAGCAGCAGAAAGGACUCUUCCAUUCAAUUGGCGACCCACACAGGUCUUUUGAGCUAGACAGAGACACUUCCUUACUUCCAGUUCCCUCUUCCAGCCCUGAGAACAUAGUGGAUCAGAUUUUGGAGUCCAUCGACUCUGAUUCUGAAGGCAUUUUCAUUGAUUUUGGCAGAGGCUGUUCCAAUUCAUCAGCAUACAAUGUGGAUGUGAACAGACAGAGCAUUGUGUGAAGGAUAUUAGGAGACAAACUAUGGGGUUUAAUACUAUAUAUGAAAGUUACUAAGACAGUGUGUCGGACUGUGGGCAGGCUGUCUGUGCCUGGGCAGAUCGUGGCUGUACUGAACAAACACAGUUUGUUUAUAGCAGGUGGGAAUCUGCUGAGGGGGAAGCAACUCCAGCUGCUUUUCCCCAUCCUUGUCACCCUGCAGAUGGAUUUCCUAUUUCUUUUUAAACUUAGGGGUUCACAGACUCACAAGUGUCUGGUAAAACACUAUUAUAGUGCAGCUGGCAGUGUUUGUUCAGGGAAACAGCUCAGCAAAUAGCUGUGCUCACUUCUAAUUUUCUGAAGAGGUUUCCUGCAGAUGGUAGGUUGUUCUCUAAACUGUAACACCUCAGCCAGAAUAGAAACAUAUCCUUUAAAAACAAACAAACAAAUAAAAAGGCUUUUGGCUUUCAUGCCACAGAAUACAAUAAUAAAGAAGUCUCUUUUAAUCUUUUUCUUGUACAUCCUUGUAUGCACUCCUUUGCCUAAUGGUGACUUAGAGUUGUUGAAGAAAGGCAAAUAAACAGAAAUGUGCUUCCUGAUGUCACACAAUGCCUAGUGUCUCAUUUUCUGUUCCACUGUUUCCUCAGCCAGUACCUUGUGUCUGGGAGGGUUGUCUCAAAAUUGGGUUUCAAAACCAAAAUUAAUUUGCUCUGAAUGUGGCACUUCUGAGAAAUCUGUACUCUCAGCUCCUGAAGCAUCUGUUGUAUGGAGAGACUCCAUCAUAUUUCAACUUACUUGUUUCCUAAAUAAAUGAAAAUUUGGCCUCUCAGGGAAAUCCUCAUUAUAUACUUAUAUUCUUACAGAAAUACCACAAUGCAUCUGCUGUCAGUUAUGGUUUUGGGAAGUGUGAACUGUCCAGCUCUUCUUAUCCUGAGCACACGCAGCUCUUUGAUUCUCCCUUGCAGUGACACAGAGGUGUAAAAGCUGGAUCAGUAGUUUUGCAGAGGAUUGAUGCAUAUGAUACCAAGGCGAAGCAGAAAUCCUGCUGCACAAUGCAGUUUUGAUCAGGGGGUUUGCAGUGAAGGCAACUCCAUUUUGUAUCUGUGCUUUGGUGGAAGGAGUCAGCUGGUAUCUCCUGAGCUGCCCGCCCUCUCCUUGCUGGACAGCAUGAUGAGCUCUCAGUCUCAAGGAACUCUUGCCUUAUUUGGCCCUGUGGAAACCACAGGAGAGAGUGGAGCUCUUGCUGAAAUUGGAUCCAGUAUAGGACAAGAGUGAUGAUUUCCAGAAGUGUCCUGAAGUGCCACCAUGCUGGCACCAUCAGUCUCUACCCUUGUUCUUUCUGACAAACACUGUUCUGUUUCCUAAAUGAUUAUUUUAUUCAGAAAAAAAGAGUGUCCACAGCCUUGUUCUAAGGACACGGUGCAGGGAGGAAAAGGUUCAAACCCUUACAUAAAAAUAUAACCCCAAACAUAACAAACAUAGUGCCUCCACACACCUUCAUCCCUCAAGGAACUUUAAAUGUUUUAAGAGUCAUAAGCAUAUUUAUUACUGGGGAAUGUUUAAGCACAGUUUCAGUGGAGGAAAGAAGAGGACUGCUAGGACCCUUCCCGCUGGAGGUUUUGCAUGGUUAGUGUCUUCUGCCCUGAUGGAAAACCUUGGCAUACAGGAUUCCUCUGAUGGAAUCCUCUGGCAAUUAACUAGCUGGCAAUUAACUAGCUUUUCCCACCUUGCACACAUGGAGAUAGUGAAUAAAAAUCCUUCUCUGUUUGUGUUAGAAGUUAUUUAGACACUGGGUUCAAGAGAGGGACUGCAUGAGAGAAAUUCUCCUAACAGCCACCUCAGAAAGCCUCAAGAAGGAAAUAGCCUUGUCUUCAGUGUUUCCACUUAUCCAAGACAGGCUUGGGUUCACUUCACCUUCUCACAUGCACUGUUAGGGGACCUGGCUGUCCUGGGGUACUGGGGCAUUGCAGCCCAGCACAUCCAGUUAGCUUUUGCAUUGCCAGCUGUUAGGAGGGAGGUCUUCAAAGUCACAGCUCCAGCAGCAGCAUGAGAAGGAUCUCCUAGAGGUUUUAUGACCAGCACUUAAGCUCUUCAGAAGAUAGAGUCCAAGAUCACUUCACUAGGGCUACUCAGGAGAAGGACAGAAAAGAGAAAUUCAUUCAGCCUAGCCUCACCCCCAGAACUUUGAUUGCCAGCUGAGGUAGGGUUAAAUAAGUAUUUAAAGAGGUUGGGUUCACUCACACCUCCUGGGAUUCAUUACCUCUUGUUAGAAUGAGCUAUGAGUUCUGCUGAGCUGAAGUAAAAGGCUUAUGUUUGUCCACUUCAGGAUGAAGAGGCUCUCAGUUGGCUUCAGUUAAGGUCUGUGCUGGAGGGUGGGAGGAAGGUCCCUGCUGGUUGCCGUGUCCUCGGUGGGCAGAGAGCUGUGACCUUGGCCGGAUGGGCUGGUUCCUGGGUGUUUUCAUCCUGACAUCACCAAACCCUCAGGGUUGCUGAAUUAGGGCUCUUACCUGUAUGGCCCAUGAAAUGUCCCAGAAGCUGAUUGAUGUCUUGGUGCUCUUGUUGUGUUCACUUUGGCUGUGCUUCAGGCUUCUCUCCCUGGGCUCUUGCAGUUGCUGUAUCUCUUGGAUGCUGUGCAGGAUGGAAUCAGGCACCCAAACCUCAGGUUCACCUUCUCCCUGCCCCUCUACGCUGGUCGUGUGGCACAGCACAUCCUGGAGCCAGCUGUUUCUGUAUUCCUGACUUCUCUUCACGUCAGGCACUCGUGGCUUGGAGCGCAGGAGCUGGAUAUGUCACUUCACCGUGUCAGGAUGGGAAAAAAGGUCUGCAGACCUUCCUACAAUGGGGUGCAAGUGCAAAGAACGAGGAGGCAGAGGAAGACUGGACUUGGGAAUCAGGACAGUUUUCUUGGCUUUAAAAAAGCUUGAAUGGCACUUCAAGACAUUUAUAUCAGACCUGGUUUAGUUUUAUUACCCUUUUUUAAAUGCUGCUGUGAUGUGCAACAAAAACCUGUCUUCCCUCUGCUUGGAACAGCUGAGAGAUGGAACUAAACCCCAAAGGAUUUUCUGCUCAGGGAUUAUAUGUGAGUUUUAUUGGGAAUUCUCUGAGAAAUCUGAUAGAUUGUUCUUGAAUGUGGCCCUGAGGGUAGUUGAGCAUGGCAGUCCAGACCUGCAAACAGGCAGUGCCAGAGCGAGAGCCUUUGAAAUGUAAACCAGGCUGUAUUUAGAUAAUUGAAUCACAACUGUGUGCUGUGCCCAGGUCCUUUGUACAAAUACUGUACAGGGAAAAACCAGAACUGCACAUUGCUUGUGAUAUGUAUGGAAUUUUGGGGGCGUUAAAUAAAAACGAGAUGCAAAUGAUAGAA